AUGCCCGAAGACGGCCUAUAUCUCAUUGGCGCCAGCCACACCCACCAGAACCACGUCAUCAGCUACGAUGACACAAACAAUGAGUUCCAGUUGACCCACCUCGACGAGGAUCUCGUGCGCAGGUCGACCUUUUAUAUCCACCACAUGGCGGAGCACGCCUCUUACGAGAUUCACAACACCCACCUGGACAAGAGCUUGACAAGCUCCUCGGGUGGUGCUGCGCAGACGGGAGACGGAGACUCGGACGAGCAUGGGAAUUACCGCUGGAGUAUCUCGCGAAGUUCAUCCGGUGGCCGCACGAUUGCCAAUAGCGCUCACUCGAGCCGGAAACUCACGGCCAAAGGGCCGGUGCUGGUCAUGAAAGGUGGUGGUACUACACCAUUUCCCGACUAUCCUGGCCCGUGGGACCUCAUCAGGUUAGAUGUCGGCCAACAGAACCAAGACGGGGAAGACAAGCUCCAGGGAAAGUCUGCGCAGGAGUGGUUCGACAUCGCCCAGGAGGUCUUCAACGAGGGCCUGAAGCUGGUUGACUUUGCUUGCUCGGAUACGUGGACCGAGCGGACGGCGGAGCAGCAGGAGAGCUAUGUGGACUUGUUUAAAAAGUUUGGAGAGGACAAGGGCCUUGAGUGGUCGUAA